AAACCAUCUUUUACUUUUCAAGUAAAAACGCACCUAUAUAAAUGUAUACAUAUUUAGGGUUGGUUAAGGUGCCACCCUACAAAAAAAAGCUUUCUGGCCCCCUAUUUUUCUUACAUUAUAGGACUCAGCUUUCCUUUUCAAUAACUCAUUAACCAUUCACUAUUUUUCGUCAUCUCAAAGCUCCUCAUCCAUAUUCGAGAAGAAUUCUCUGAUUAAGAUCAGAAGAAAGAAAAAAAUAGGGUUUUGCAAAAACAUGAAGAAAAGGCAAAUAGUAGUUAGGAAAGAGGCCAGAUCUCAUCAUAGAAAUGAAGAAACUGCUGUUUCAGUGAGGUAUGCAGAGUGCCAGAGGAACCAUGCAGCAAACAUAGGAGGUUAUGCUGUUGAUGGAUGCAGGGAAUUCAUGGCAAGUGGUGAAGAAGGAACAAAUGGGGCGCUAUCUUGCGCCGCCUGCGGCUGCCACCGGAAUUUUCAUCGAAAAGAAGUGGAAGCUGAGGGAGUUUCUGAGUCUUCUUCAUGACCCUUUUCUCUAUUCCAAAGGUUUCGAGCAUAGAUUUGGUCAUGUGGAGAAAAUAAGGCAGGGUGAAUGAAGAAAAACAGAAGGUCUAAAUCUCCUUCUCCUUUGGUAUGUUAUAGAAACUGUGUAUAAUUCAAUUGCUCUUCAGAGGCGCAAUAUGAUUAGAUUUUCUUGUAGACGAAAUUGAAUUGGAUUCGGAUUCAGUUCUCUCUAUCAAGUGCUACUGGAUUGAUUAAUCUUUUUUUGAACUUGAAAUGUGGUUUUUCCUUAGUGUUCAAAGCUUUAUUAUUAGUUCCUUUCAGAUAUACUACUAGUUUCUUUUUUCUUCUUCCCUGCAUACUAGUUGAUUAUUUUUUCCAUUCCAACUUGAAAAGAGAUCCGUUGACUAGAGUUAUCUAUAGUAUGAGACAAAUGUAAGAAUGUGUUCCUUGUUCUGUGACCAGGAUUAAUAAACUAAGAGCCUUAUCUAUAGUAUAACAAAACCUUGGAGAACUUGUAUGACUUGGAG